AUGCAGUUCUCUACCCCCCUUGCCCUCCUGGCCCCUUUCCUGCUAACGCUCCUCGCAGCGCCGAACCCGUACCCGGCCCCUGCGCCCGACGAGGCCUUCGACUUCGACGAUAUCGGCGACGCCUUCAAGGAUGCCUUUAGCGACGAAAACAAGGGCCAGCUCCUGAGCCAGCUCGAAGACAUCGGCGACGACGUCAAGGAGGCGGCGAGCGGCGCAUGGGGGAAGAAGGUGGACGACUGCCUGGUUGUGCAGUGCGCCGCAGCCCUGGGUCCCACCGUCGUGACCUGCGUCACAUCCGAGCUCAUCAGUCCGCUGCCUUGUAUUGCCGGCGUGCUCACCACUAUCUCUGACCCGCCAUCUGAGUGCGACGGGUGCCCCCAGGCGGUGGCAAAGGCGGUCAAGAACGAGGACUAG